GCGAGGAGCACUGUGGAUUUAUAAUUAUCAUCUAAAACUUUAAGGUCUUUAUUGCGCUGGUUUACAGCUUGUCGAAACCCUGGAAGGCAAUUCCGCAAUGAGGCCAGUACAUACUACACUGCUAUCCAACAAAAUUGUCCGAGUCUGUCGGCCUGGAGACUUGCUUGAUCGAAAUGAAUUCAGUCUUCGACCGACGAUUCGGAACGACGCAUAUUUCUAUCACUGCUACGUCGAGGAUGAUCAUCGUGACAAACUACAAACUAACCAGCUUUGCCUGCUAGUACAAUCUCCUGCUAAAGUACUUUCAUCGCGGAGGUAAAUUAUUUCGACGGCGCGUUUAGACAGUCUUCCUUCUGCAUUUAGUAGUAUUACGAUAUCUAUUAAAUAUUUAUUGUUUCCAUCUUCAAACGACUCCAUUUUCAUGUUUAUUCGCGGUGUUGCCACAUUUUAUGAAAUUCUCUGACAAAUUUUUAGAAUAAUCUGUUCUGGUAUAUAUGUCAUUAAAUGCUGUGUUCAACGAGUAGACUUUGUAGUCUAUCUUAGUCUCCAUUUUACCACCUAACGUUUUCAUUUUUUUUAUGAAGAAUUGUUAACUAUAUAAUUAUUUUUUAAACAAUAUGGUAGUCUCUAUAUCUGGUGUGCUACAUAAGUACAAAAGAAUUAUUAAGCUAUUUCUAAUCCGAAAUUAAUACAAAAACGGUUAAGUCACUAUAGAAUGAACUAUUAAAAAUGUAAGGUAUUUAUAAUUAUUUAUUUUUAAUGAAUUAUUAGUUAUUUAUAUAUUAUAAUUAACUAUAUUAAUAACGUACAAUUUCGAAAUAAUUGCAACUAAUAAAUCUAUUUAUAUGAGAGUUUAAGCAAAAGUAACUAUCCAGUUGAAAGCUUUCACACCUAUUCUUUUUACAUCAAAUCAAUUUUUAUGAAUUUGUUAAUUUAUGCUUUUGUGUUUAAAUGUUAAUGAAAGGACAGAAACCACAUUUUUUAUCAAAAUUUUAAUUAGUGCGUUUCAAAACCUAGAUGAUUACUUUUUGAAAUUCAGUUUAGAUUCUUUGUUUAUUGGUAUUGAUAAAUUGCUUUCUUUUGGAACAAAACUCAAUCUAUUAUCUGUAUAGCUUGGCAACGCCGCAUCUUGUGUGACGUCAAGUUGCACUUUACGUAAGCCACGUUUAUAAUUUGCUUCUUGAUCGAUUCUGCCGUUUAUUUACGGCGAUUCUCCAUUUUUUGUUUGUUAUUCGUGAAAAUUUAGAAAUAGGAACAUCUAAAUUAAAUUCAUGGUGAAUUUGACUACCUAUUACGAAUCUGGUGAGACACGCUUGAUUUUUUUUAUAUUUAACAUUUAGAACAUACAGAAUUUACUCGAUAAUAUUUUUUGGGAAAGAAUCGUUAUUUUUAAUUUAUAGAGAAACAUACUAUUUGUUCAAGCUUGAGGACGAAACAAUUUAUGUUUUUAAACGGAAUUAAGUAAUUGAUGGAAUAAAAAGAUGCCAUUUAAUAAUUAUUCUGAAAAGCUUUGCAAAAUAUCAUUUAAUUAUUUUACGUUGAUAUCAAGAAAAAACUGUGCCCAGUUUCCUUCACGUUAAAAAAUGGUUCGUGAGCAAAGUAUGGAAUUUCCUAUCUUGCCUCGACCGCUUUCUUUUUUUACAAAGCGAAAGUACUGUACGUAGCAAAACUCCAAAUUAAAACAAUAAGGAUUUCGAGGAUUUUUUAAUUGUCUUUAUUUAUAUUAUUGAAAAUGAAAUUUCAUAUAAUUUCGAGUAUUAAAAUAUGUUAAAGAUAUUGUACAUUUAUGUUCUCAAAAAGUGCAAGGCUCCUAGCAUAAUCGGUCCUUUUAAAUUAAAAAAUUGGAUUCUGUGCGUCUCUUUUAUAAUAAAUAUAAUAAUAACUGAAUCGUAAGAAUUAAAUGGGAAUAGAAAAACGGUGCGGCGAUUUAAGGAAAACAAUGUGUCACAACAGUAGCACGUUGAAAAAAAAUAGCUUCGCAAGCUUGUUUUUUUAUAAUAAUUGUAUAAUACAUUGUUUUGUAACUAUUAUAUUUUCUAUAUUAUUCAAUACAACACAUUGCUUUAUAAAAGUUUCGCGACAAAAUUGAAAAAGUAUUUAUUCAUUGAAUAGUAGAUUAAUAUAUUUUAGUUAAUAUAUAAUAAAUUACUUGAAUAACAUAUAAAAUACAAAUAGUCUAUUAAAAGAAAAUAUCAAAAAUGCAAUGAAUUUAUAUAAGCAACAGUAGGAAAUCAAAAUUAAAAAUUACAGGAAAUUAAAAUAUUUGGCGCGGUUUGUCAUUAAUUGUCAGAUGACUCUGGUAAGAAAAUGAGAACAAGAAGGCUCGCGCAGUGCACGACGGGAUGUGUCGACGAUGAAUUCUUGUGGAUCGAGGGGAGUAGUAAAGCGAGAGGGAGGGAGGGGUGAGAGAGAGAGAAGGAAGGAAGGAGAAAUCGUGAACGAGACGACUGGCACAAAAUGGCAGCCACGCUCAAGCCUGUGAGCAUUUAGUGUGUGAAAAUUGAAGGAAUUUCGCGAUAUGUCGCGAAGCCGCGUUACUUUAAUUCACUAAUUGUUAUUCAAUUCAGUACUUUUAAUCGUUUUCGUGAUAUUUCGAAGUAAUUUUUGCAAUUAAACUCACAAACCGCAUGUUGGAUUGACGACUCUGCGACGCGUACACGGGGGUAUCAUGCAGAAAACAGACUCUGAAUCUGGUAAAGAAUCUGCAUCAGAUUCUGAUAAUGAAAAUGAAAGCAAAAGUGACAGCAGUUCUUCUGGAAGUCAUUCAGGAUCUAAUUCUGGAUCUGAAAGCAGUGACUCUAGCUCAUCAGCCUCUGGUUCAGGCUCAGGCUCUGAUUCCGAAAAGUCAGAUAAGUCAGAUGUCCCUGCACAAGGUGAUAGCUUUCAAAGCAAAAGCUCUAAUCACAGCACAGAUGUAAAAGUUAGGCGUAAAAGCGACUCUAGUCGUGAAUGGGAAGAGAAUCCUGAUAUAUAUGGCAUCAGGAGAUCCGCUCGUUCCAGAAAAGAACCAGACAGACUUACAGUAGCUCAGCCAGAUAGUGAAAACGAUGGCAGAAAAAAACUUAAACCGAAAAGUUCUCGCAAUACGUGGAACUCAGAAUCUUCAGAGUCUGAGUCUGAUAAUGAAGAUGUCAAACGACCACCGCCUAGUAAGUCGAUUAAUCGACGGGCUGCACAAAAGGCUAAGGAAAAGGCCAAAGCGCGGAAAAAGCGAAUAUCAGAAUCGUCGGAAAAUUCUUCAUACGAAAGUGAUGAAAAAAGACAAGUGACGAGAAGAACUGGCGCUGCCGUGAGUUAUAAGGAAGAAAGCGAAGCGGAAACUGAUAGUGAAGAUCUUAUGGAAGUAGAUGAUACUGUGCCAGAACAAACAGAAACGGAUAAUGCAGAAACUAUUGAACGCAUUCUUGGUCAACGAAUUGGUAAAAGAGGAGUUGUAGGGAAUGUUACCACUGUUUAUGCAGUUGAAGAGAAUGGAGAUCCAAACCCAGAAAAUUUAGUAGGUGUGGAGACUGAAACUCAGUACCUGAUUAAAUGGAAAGGCUGGUCGCAUAUUCACAACACAUGGGAAUCCAAAGAUUCUUUAGCUGCUCAAAAAGUGAAAGGGUUGAAAAAAUUAGAAAAUUUUAUCAAGCGUGAGCAAGACAUUGGAGAUUGGAAAAAGUAUGCAGGUCCGGAAGAUUUAGAUUACUUUGAAUGUCAAUUGGAGCUACAGCAAGAUCUUUUAAAGAGUUAUUAUAAUGUAGAACGAAUUAUCGCUGAAGCUGAUAAACCCGACUCUAACAACCCGGAUUACUACUGUAAAUGGGAAAGUUUACCAUAUUCAGAAGCUACUUGGGAAGACGGUGCUCUUAUAAUUAAAAAAUGGCCUGAAAAAAUUAGAGAGUUUCGUGACCGUGAAGAUUCUAAGAGAACUCCAAGUAAACAUUGCAAAGCUCUGAGGUACAGACCCAAGUUUCAUCAACUUAAAGAACAACCUAGUUAUAUGGGUAAAGAUGAGAAUUAUGUACUGAGAGAUUAUCAAAUGGAUGGAUUAAAUUGGAUGAUUCAUUCAUGGUGUAAAGAAAAUAGUGUGAUAUUAGCUGAUGAAAUGGGCCUUGGAAAAACAAUUCAAACAAUAUGUUUUCUCAAUUACCUUUUCCAUGCACAACAAUUGCAUGGUCCAUUCUUAUUAGUUGUUCCUUUAUCCACAAUGACAUCUUGGCAGCGAGAAAUGGUCCAAUGGGCUCCAGAUAUGAAUUUUGUUAUUUAUUUGGGUGAUGUUCAUUCUCGUAAUGUGAUUCGAGACUACGAAUGGUGUUACCCUUCUAAAAGACUUAAAUUCAAUGCAAUAUUAACGACGUAUGAAAUUGUUCUGAAAGAUAAAGCUUUUCUAGGUGCUAUAAAUUGGGCUGCACUUUUAGUAGAUGAAGCUCAUAGAUUAAAAAAUGAUGAUUCCCUUUUGUAUAAAGCAUUAUCAGAAUUUACUACCAAUCAUCGGCUUCUCAUAACGGGAACCCCACUUCAAAAUAGUUUAAAAGAAUUGUGGGCUUUAUUACAUUUUAUUAUGCCAAGCAAAUUUGAUUCGUGGGAAGAGUUUGAAAAAGAGCAUGAUAAUGCUGCUCAAAAAGGGUAUUCCAAAUUGCACAAGCAGUUAGAACCUUUUAUCCUAAGAAGAGUAAAAAAAGACGUUGAAAAAUCUUUACCAGCCAAAGUAGAACAAAUACUACGAGUCGAGAUGACUUCUUUACAAAAACAAUACUAUAAAUGGAUUUUAACGAAAAAUUUUAACGCUCUAAGAAAGGGGAAUAAAGGUUCAACUUCAACGUUUUUGAAUAUUAUAAUAGAACUAAAAAAAUGCUGCAAUCAUGCAUUCUUAACUAAACCAAACGAAAAUGAACAUAGAAAUAAUAAUGAAGAUUAUCUUCAACAAUUGAUUCGGGGUUCUGGAAAACUCGUUCUGUUGGAUAAACUUUUGGUCAGACUUAAGGAAACUGGUCAUCGAGUUUUAAUAUUUAGUCAAAUGGUUAGAAUGCUGGACAUUCUUAGUGAAUACUUACAAAAACGACAUUUCCCUUUUCAAAGACUUGAUGGUAGCAUUAAAGGAGAACUUAGAAAGCAAGCUCUAGACCACUUUAAUGCGGAAGGUUCUCAAGACUUUUGUUUCCUUCUUUCAACAAGAGCUGGAGGCCUUGGUAUUAAUUUAGCCACUGCAGAUACUGUCAUUAUAUUUGAUUCGGACUGGAAUCCUCAAAAUGAUCUACAAGCUCAAGCCAGAGCUCAUAGAAUUGGGCAAAAAAACCAGGUGAACAUUUAUCGCCUUGUAACAAAAAGUUCAGUAGAAGAAGAUAUUGUAGAACGGGCUAAGCAAAAAAUGGUACUGGAUCAUUUGGUCAUACAACGAAUGGAUACUACAGGUCGAACUGUGUUGGAUAAAAAGAAUUCAAAUUCUAACAGUAAUCCAUUCAAUAAAGAAGAUUUAAAUGCUAUUCUAAAAUUUGGAGCAGAAGAGUUAUUCAAAGACGAAAAAGAUGACGAUGAAGAACCUACUUGUGAUAUCGAUGAAAUUUUAAGAAGAGCCGAAACUAGAGAUGAAGGUCCAGCGACAGUUGGAGAUGAAUUACUUUCCGCAUUUAAAGUUGCCAGUUUUGCUGCUUUUGAAGAAGAAACUGAACCUGUUCCUCAACUGCCAGAAAAUGACGACGAAAGCAAAGACUGGGCGGAAAUCAUUCCUGAAAAUUUUAGACAAAAGGUGGAAGAAGCCGAAAGAUCAAAAGAAAUGGAAGAUUUGUAUCUUCCACCGAGAAGUAGAAAAACUUUGCAACAAAUCAAUGCAGGAGAAGGUAAAGGCAAGAAAAAAAAGAAACCUCAGUCUGACGAGGAGAGUGAUGAUGAUGAAGACUCAGGAAGCAAUGAAGAAGGAAGUGAUGACGGUAGACCAAAAAAACGUGGUCGACCACGAACGCAGCCACGAGAAAACGUUAAGAGCUUUACUGACGUGGAGAUAAGACGAUUCAUUAAGAGUUAUAAAAAAUUCCCAGCGCCUGCUAAGAGACUGAAUGACAUUGCGGCUGAUGCUGAAUUGAACGAGAAGCCCAUGUCUGAGCUAUCUUAUUUGGCAGAACAGUUGCGUAUUCGGUGUGAAAAUUGCCUUGUAGAAUCGGAAAACAACGUCACCAAAGAUGCUAAAGCCGAAGAAGAUGAAAACAAAGGACCUGGUCGAAAACGCCGCAAAGGACCUACUUUCAAAUUAGGCGGUGUUAUGGUUAACGCCAAAUCUUUCAGUGCUGCUGUCACUGAGCUUGAACCUUUAGACCAGGCAAUUCCAUCUGAUCCAGAGCAAAGAGCUAACUGGCAGUUAGAUAUCAAGGUUAAACCAGCCAAUUUUGAUUGUGAUUGGACAAUCGAAGAUGAUACGAGGCUUCUAAAAGGAAUUUAUCUACAUGGGAUGAGCUCCUGGGAAGCGAUGAAAAUGGAUGAAAAUUUGAAAUUGGGAGAUAAAAUAUUGAUGAAUGGUAGCAAGGAACAAAUUAAACGUCUUCAAACACGUGGUGAAUAUUUAUUAAAAAUAUUGAAAAAACAAGUGGAUCAAAAACUUGGAGUGGCAAAACAAAGGAAACCCAGGAAAACGAAAGAUUUAAAAACGGCCCUUACCAAAGAAAUAAUUGAGGUUAAUGAUAGCUCUGGUGAUGAGAAAAAACACAAACCAAAAAAUGAUAAGCCAAUAAAAAAAGAAGAUGAGCCGAUAGUUAUAAAGAAAGAAAUUAAAGAAGAAAAUGAUGUUGUGGUAGAGGAUAAAAAGAAAGAGAAAAAAGCGAAAAAAGAAAAGAAAGAAACUAAAAAAAAUAAGAAAGCAAAGCAAUCUGGACCAAUGCACUUUACAGCUAAUAAUGAGCCCAGAGCUUUAGAUGUUUUGGGGGAUUUAGAUCCAUCUAUAUUUAACGAGUGUAAAGAAAAAAUGAGACCUGUGAAGAAAGCCCUUAAAGCUUUAGAUAGACCAGAUCAAUCGUUAUCUCAAACAGAACAAGUAGCCCACACUCGGCAAUGUCUCAUACAAAUCGGCAAUCAAAUAAAUACUUGCCUUGCAGAGUACAAAGAUCAAGAAAAAAUCAAAGAAUGGCGAAGUAAUCUAUGGUAUUUUGUGUCAAAAUUUACCGAAUUUGAUGCUAAAAAACUUUACAAGUUGUACAAACAUGCAACUAAAAAUCGCGAUGGAGGUAUCAGUGCAACAUCAAGUCCUGAUAAGAAAGAGGAUCAUCCUCCAAAGCCCAACGAAAAGCACAAUUCAAAAAACUUUUUAGAAAACAAAGAUGUUCGAGCUCAAAAGCGUCGCAUAGAUGAUGCAGAGGACAAUUCAAACAGUACGACUCCAAUCAAAAAGCACGUUAUUUCUGCAUCUACGCUCGGGAACAUUGGAACGUCAUCCUCUCUAACAAUUGGCGCAAUUACGAUAACACCUGUAACAGCCGGGCAGAAUACAACUAACAGUACCGACACUUCUUCUCGCCACAACAAAGAACUCAAAGAUACCAAAUAUAAAGAUUCAAAAAGAGAUAGGGAGCGUGAUAGAGAAAGGGAGCGUGAUAGAGAUAGAGAUCGCGACAGAGACAGAGAUAGAGACCGAAGCCAUGGGGAUCGGAGUAUCGAUAGACUUGGUGGGAUAAAAGAUGAAAGGUUGAGGAGAGACAGUGGUAGUUACACUGGUGGACAUUACAGCGGUGGUGGAAGAGAUGACGAAUGGACAUCCAGGGAUAGAGAUCCACGAGAUGCAAGAUUUGCUGAUCAUAAACGUGACAGGUUUGAGUCCUACAACAGGAUGUCGGGAGGAUAUCACCGCGAAAGAGAACGAGAUCGAGACCGAAUGCACAUGAAUGAAAAAAGAGGCGGCGACUACUACCGCUAUCCAACUGGUCCCGGAGGAGGAUAUGGAUACGGAGGUCCUGGUAGCUACAGUGGUGGUAGUAAUUAUCCACCAGACGUUCCUCUAGGGCACUAUCGCAGUGGGCCCACCGCCGGAGGACGCAACUAUUCCAACGACGGCUAUACUGGAGAGUGGCGGGCAAACAAAGACUACCGUCGAGACUAUGAUAGACCAAGGCCACCACCCAGUGCGAACUCUUAGUGAUUUUCGGUCUUAAUAUCAAGUGCUCAGCAGUGACCUUUGGCUUAACGCGUCAAACCAAGGAACACGUUUCUCGUUGAACGAUUGAGAAAGCCUUGCGAACAUUCGUCACUGAUAUUCGAAUUUUAUUCCUUCAUUAUUGCGAUUGCACUGGCACGUAAUCUGAUGAGCCUGGAACGACGUUUGCUAGAAAGGCUAGAAUAAAUAUAUAUACAUAUAUUUUUAUUAUUUAGUAUAUUUUUUAUCGAUACUACUGUGAAUAAAUUAGUUUAAAAUGUCUGUAUAGAAUCAUUGAAAUCGUUAUUGUUUUGGCUUCAACAAAUUAUUGUCGGUGCAAUCACAUCGCUACGGUUUUAUAUGUAACAUCGAUCAAUCGUCUCACGAUCAAUCGCAACCUUUGCUAGCGAGUUUAUUUAUUGAUUUUUUUUUUAUGUAAAAGACUCCGUUACAAAGUACGGCUACAAAGAAAAACUUAAUGAAAGGCGUGUGAAUAUUGCACGGAGGCUUAAGUACAUUUUUAUUACGAAAUUAAAUACCUUUCUUUUCGUAUACUUCCUCUUUUGCCUCAUUCUAUGACAAUUUGUGCAAUUUAUUGUUAACUUGGCAAGUUGAUUAGCUGCAAUUAUACUAAUAUUGCUUCGUCUUGAUUGCCUAUGUAAGUCUUAGUUUUUAGUAAAAAAUGCCUUCCUUUGUAACAUCGGUAAUACGUUAAAAACAGCGUUGCAUUUCUUUCUGUAGCCAUUGUAUAUUCAAAUUCGGAAAGUUAAAUAUUCUUUGUACAGUAUGUGUGUAUUUUUGAGCUACCGUGCGCAGCAAUUGUAUUAAACAAUGCCUCGAGCAUAAUGUAAUCGAGAUUCAAAGCCAACGGUAGAUGUUUAUUUUUAAAAAAGUGAUGAUCAUUAGAUUUAGUCAAUGAACACGUAUAACAUAUGCAAAUAUAUGCAAAUACUACCACAUAACGUCUCAUGGUAGGAUAUUGGAUUCUAUCGGAUUGUCUUGUACAGAACUGUCUUUUGAAAAUUUUAUGAACGAGCGAUUCUAUUUGUGUAAAAUUAUGUAAGAUUGAAAUCAGCAAAAUAAUUGCCGUUAUUGGAAUAAAAAAUACAAAAAAGAGUUGUACAGAAGCCAAGGUUGACAUUAUUUUUUAUUGCAAUGCAUUGCAUAAGUGCCAUUGUGUCCUUUCACAUAAUACGCAUUUUGUGAUUUCAUAUUAAUUUGACAGUACUAAUCAUUUCUCUAAUAUAUCUGGUUUUUUCUACAAACAUGCUCGGUAUCGGGGCAACUAAUUUUUGUUUAGUGUCACAAAAUGUUUGGUUUCGCAUAUAUGUAAAAAGGUGAAUAUCUAUUACUAUUUCUAUAUGAUACAAUCAUUCAAAAAAAUAAUAACAUAUUCAUAAUUUUUUUAUGGAAUAGUUUUUGAAACAAUUUGUAUUUCUGUAAAUAAGAAAGGUUUGGUAUGUCAUUAACCUGUAUCGAUUGAAAACUCCACUCUCGGUACACCAAUCUUUGAGCGCUCAUAACUAAUAUUACAGAUGUCAAAAAAAAUUAUAUUCUAAAAGUUUAAGAGAUGUUCUUCCUGAUGGUGCUAAUGAAAAUUUUGCAAAAAUUUGUUUAACCCGGUAAAAUACAGUUUAAAAAAACAUGAAUUUUUUACACCUCUUUUUUAAAAUUGAUUUUUCAAAAGGUUUCUAGUAUGUCAUAAUAUAUUGGCAGUUCACUAGUCGAUAGAAUAAAUGUUUCAAUUUGACGAAUCAUGAUUUCCGGAUUGAUUUUUCACCUGGGGUUUCCAAAAUGGUGCUUCGAAGGCUUAAUUGUUACCGUUACGUUAAUGAAUUUUUUUACUAAAACACUAUGAACUUAUGAAAAAAGUACCAAAAAAAAGUUCUUAGAAUUAUGUAAUGAAUACGCUGGAAUUUUUUCAAAGGGAUUCAAUAAAAUUUUUUGUUUUUACAAUUGGUCAAUUUUUGCAAAAUCUAAGAAAAAGUCUAAGAACUUUUUUUUGGUAUUUUUUUCAUAAGCUCAUAGUGCUUUAGUGAAAAAAUUCAUGAAUAUAACGGUAAAAAUUAAGCCUUCAAAGCGCCAUUUUGGACACACCUAGGUGAAAAAUGGAUCCGGAAAUCAUGAUUCAUCAAGUUGAAACAUUUAUUCCACUGGCUAGUCAAGUGCCAAUAUCAUUACAUACUAAAAACCUUUCGAAAAGUCGAUUUUAAAAAAGAGGUGUGAAAAAUUUGUUGUUUUUUUUAAACUGUAUUUUACAGGGAUAAAUAAAUUUUUGCAAAAUUGUUAUCAGAAAGAACAUCUCUUAAACUUUUAGUAUAUAGCCUUCACAAUUUUUUUACGCCUGCAACAAUAGUUGUGAGCGCUCAAGAGCCGGCGGUGUACCGAAAGUGGCGUUUUCGGUCGAAAUGAGUUAAUAUGGCAUAGUGAUAGAGUCAUAUAGUUAUCAACGGCUGUAUAAUGCUUAGUAUAAAGUAUAGUACAAUUGAAAUUAGUCUGUAAAAAUCAAACAAAACCAUCUCAUUUACAUAAAUGAUUACUAUAUUAUAAUCGGCAUUUUCAUGUUUUUUUAACAAUGUUCAUCAUACAAAUAUAUGUUAUAAGCUAUGUUUAUAUUUUAUUCAUUAUAUUAUAUAAUCGAAGUCGUAACGUUAUGAGUACUACCGAAAACUCAUGUGUACAUAUUAAAGUAUUCAAAUAAAUCAAUU